AUGGAUAAAAAAUGGAUGUCAGCAAAUAGGUUAUCUGAGGAGUACAAGAACGGAGUUGAUUUUUUCUUAAGGUUUUGUUUGGAGAAUGGGGGAGAUCCAAAGUUUACUUGUUGUCCAUGUCUAAAGUGUUUUAAUGUAACAAAGUUGAGUUUCAAUAAGAUCAAAGAACACUUAUUCUUUAAUGGGAUUGACAGAAGUUAUAAGAUAUGGUAUAGUCAUGGGGAGAAACCCCCUAAUAUACCAGAUCCCCCUAGUAGGAUUAGUAAAGUUAGGAGGAAUAGAGAUGAAGUGAAUUGGGAUUCAUUGGAUGAAAUGAUUGAUGAUGCACAUUAUGGAUCAACAGUAGACCCAAACAAGUUCGAGACACUACUUAGUGACGCUGAGAAACCGAUUUACCCUGAUUGUAAAAGAUUUACAAAGUUAUCGACGCUUCUAAGAAAUGCUGAACUUGCUAAGAGUUUGUCAUGGCAUGCAAAUGAGAGAGUGAAGGAUGGUAAAUUACGACAUCCAAUUGAUAGUAUAGCUUGGAAGAGAGUUGAUCUGAAGUGGCCUUCUUUUGGCGAUGAAUCUCAGAAUCUUCGUCUAGGUCUUUCUACUGAAGGAAUAAAUCUGCAUAAUAACCUUAGUAGGAAUGACAUUGACGUCUAUCUAGCUCCUCUUAUUGAUGACUUAAAAACUUUGUGGACUGAAGGGGUUAGGGUUUACGAUGCAUACAAGCAAGAAGAGUUUAGCCUUAGAGCGGCAUUGUUGUGGACAAUCAAUGACUUUCCCGCUUAUGGAAAUUUAUCAGGUUUUAGUGUGAAAGGCUAUAAAGCUUGUCCCAUUUGUGAAGAAGAAACAUGCUCUCAGUACUUGAAACACUCCCGUAAAGUUUGUUAUAUGGGACACAGGAAGUUCUUGAAGAGUAAUCAUAUACUUCGAACUUGGAAGAAGGCAUUUAAUGGCGAACAAGAGUUUGGGGAGGCUCCUCGACCUUUAAGUGGAAGCCAAGUACUCGAGAAGAUGUCUAAAAUCAUUUUCAAGAUGGGGAAGUCUAAAGUAAGUAUAGUUAAGAAGCGGAAGGGUCGUGGAAAGGCGAAGAGUGAGGAUGGAAUUAAGGCGAGAGAAGACUUGAAUGCAUUGAAAAUAGGUAAUGAAUUAGCUCCAAAGCCAGGCAAUGGUCGGACAUUUUUGCCACCUGCUUGUUACACAUUGACUAAAGAUGAAAAAAGGGAAGUUUAUGAUUGUUUGUUCAAUAUAAAAGUCCCUGGCGGAUAUUGUUCAAAUAUAAGGUCGUUGGUAGACAUGAAAACUUGUACUUUGACUGGCAUGAAAUCUCAUGAUUGUCGUAUUCUAAUGCAACAUGUACUACCAAUAGCUAUUCGAUCAGUUUUACCUAAAAACGUUCGAGAGAUAAUCACAAGGUUGUGUUUGUUUUUCAAGUCACUUUGUUCCAAUGAGGUUGAUGUGUAUAUGCUAGACAAGCUACAACAUGAAAUCGCUUAUAUUUUGUGUAAACUGGAGCAAUUCUUCCCACCUGCCUUUUUUGAUAUAAUGAUUCAUCUCACUGUCCACUUAGUUAGAGAGGUACAAUUUUGUGGUUCAGUUUACUUCAGAUGGAUGUAUCCAUUUGAGAGAUAUAUGAAGAUUCUUAAAGGAUAUGUAAGGAAUAGAAGUCGGCCCAAAGGGUGCAUCAUUGAAUGUUAUAUUGUUGAAGAGGCAAUUGAAUUUUGUUCUGAAUACAUGUUUGGUGUACAAAGAAUUAGGCUUAAUGAAGUAAUUAAUGCUGACAUUCAGAGUCGUCGAGGUAGUGUUGUAUGCACAGUUACGCGAGAUGAACUAAAUGAAGCACAUCGUCUUGUGUUACAGAAUACUAAUGAAAUUCAACCUUACAUUGAACAACAUUUCAACUGGAUCAAGACAAAAUUUCCAUCUAGGUCUAAGAACAAAAAAUGGUUACAAGACGAACAUUAUCGUACUUUUAGUAGUUGGCUAGAGCAGAAGGUUGUGAAUGAUUUGAGAAACCCAUCAAAUAAUGUGUCAGACAUCAUUAAGUGGAUUUUUCGAGGUCCUUCUCUUAAUGUCACUAAAUUUUCAUCAUAUAUGGUGAACUGUACUAAGUUUACUACUAUGGAGCGUGAUAAAAAUAGAAACACACAAAAUAGUGGUGUAAGUCUUAUUGCUACAACUUUCCAAGUAUCUACAUCGAAAGACCGAAAUCCUAUUGAAUGUGAUAUGUCUUUUUAUGGUGUAAUUAAAGAAAUAUGGGAGUUAGACUAUAUCAUAACUCAAGUGCCUGUUUUCUUUUGUGAUUGGGUGAAGAGUGAUAGUGGAGUCAAAAAAGAAGAUUUAGGUUUCACAUUAGUAAAUCUAAAUCUAUUAGGGCACAAAACUAAUCGAUUCAUAAUGGCUACCCAAGCCACACAAGUAUUUUAUGUGGAUGAUCCAGCAAAUAAACAGUGGUCUGUCGUGCUCACAACACAAUCAAGAAAUUGGAAUGGUAAUGACGGUGAUUUGCACGAUAUACCUCUUGUUGGACAACAUGUCACAUACACUUUACCUGAAAAUGAUGAUCAAAUUGAUGGUGAUAGUUCUUGUUGUCGUGAAAAUGGAGAAGGUUUAUGGAUUGAUUUAUAA